GUAGUUUACCUAACAGUUCGCGUGAUGUUGAUGUCAGUCUAACCGACAUUGCAAUUUUGUUAUUCAGAGAUACUGCAAGAUGACGGAAGAAGACGAUGUUCAGGCGUCAGUGGGUUUUUUACAAGAGAUUUAUACAUCACCACUGAAUCUGAGCCUUCUAUGUCUGUGUAUCUAUUUGCUUUAUAAAAUAAUCCGCGGCGAUAAACCACCAGAGUUACCGAAAGAAGAGGAAGAGUUGCCAAAACUGAAGAAGAUGGACUUCACGCCAGCAGAGCUCCGUGAAUAUGACGGGAAGAGGAAUCCGCGGAUUCUCAUGGCUAUUAAGGGCAAAGUGUUCGACGUGACCCGGGGAAAGAAGUUUUAUGGACCAGAGGGCCCUUAUGGGGUGUUUGCUGGAAGGGAUGCCUCCAGAGGGUUAGCAACCUUUUGCCUGGAUGAGUCUGCACUGAAGGACGAGUGUGACGAUCUGUCGGAUUUGAAUGCCAUGCAGAAGGAAACCCUUAGCGACUGGGAGAUGCAGUUCACUCACAAAUACCACUAUGUGGGCAAACUUCUGAAGCCAGGAGAGGAGCCAUCGGAGUAUGCCGAUGAUGAAGAUGAAAAAGACUCGAAGGACAAAAAGAAAGAUUAAAAACUAAAACACUAAAGAAAAAAAAAUGAAAGUAAUUCCUCCAUCCCUUAAAGUUUGCUGAAGGCAGUCAAUUAAUUUUCUAAUUUACUUUAAAGUAACAAAUUACUGGGGGCCUCUUGCCUGUUAUGUAGGGAGUUUUGAAGGCUGAUUAACAGCAGUUUAAACUAACUAGUGUUUAUUUUAUCUUUAUACUCAUGACAUGUAUUACAUUUUCUUGAUGUUGUUAAAUUCCUAAUCAUCUUUGUGUAUGCUUUAGAGGUACCAAAUGUAGAAUUCAUAAAUUUCUAAUGUCAUCUGCAGGUGACUGAUGGAUUGUCUAAUGUCUGAUGAAUUUUACGCCACUGUAACUCCCCUUUUUAUCAUUUAAAUUCUUCAUUUUUACUGAGUAAAUCAAUGUUACUGUAAUUUGAAAAUUGAAUAUAAAAGACUAUCAAAUAAGGGAAC